CGAGAAGGCUGCAGAGGUCCCGGACCUUCAAGUUGCUUUCUUCCAGCCGCCAACCUCAUCUGUGGCUGGAGGGCAGAGGCGCCCGGAGCUGAGCUGAGGCUUCCCUUGCCCCCGCCCCUGGGGUCAAGACGGGUCUGUGCAGAAGGAAGCAGCCCCCAAGCCUUCCCACAGCCCCCCUAUGGACGACAGAGAGGCGGCACCCUCCCCACUCCCCGGAACUCCGGCAAGCGGUGAGUCCUCUGUGUGUCCCCAGCGCUGUCCCAGUCUGUGCCCAGCAUGGUUUCACUUUUGUAAACAUUUGCUUGUCCUUGGAGAGGAAACCAUCUCAGCCUGCCAGCCGAGAGACGCCUUCUCACGGGUCAGCCGGCAGAUGGCGAAUUACACGGCGGUGCCUGAGGACGAGUACGACGUCCUCAUAGAUGGGGACCUGAGCGGCGAGGAGGUGGACACCUGUGACCAGGCUGCCUCCGCGGUCCUGUCGGCGCGGCAGGUGGGCCAGGUCUGUGCCGGCCUGUUCACGGCCGGCCUCCUGGCCAACAGCUUGCUUCUGUUCAUCCUGAUCAAGUACAAAGGACUCAAGCAUGUGGAAAAUAUCUUUUUCCUCGGCGUGGCAUUUUCUAAUCUGUGCUUCCUGCUCCCCUUGCCAUUCUGGGCUCCAGCGGGCGUGCACAGGGGAGGCCUUGGCGGCCCGGAGUGCAGAGUUCUGGCCACGCUGCACUCCUUCGGGCUGCAUGGGGAGGCCCUGUUCAACAUGCUCCUAACUGCGCAUGCAUCCCAGAUAAGAAGGCUGGCCUCAGCCUUCAGGACAGUGACCAACGGUGUCAUUGCCGCACUGCUGACAUGUCUGGUGGCCUUUCUGGUCACUUUGCCUGAGUUCGUGUUUUAUAAACCGCCACCAGAAGACCAGAAUUCCAGGUGCUCCUUCAGCAGUCCUCACUUCCUGCCAGCGGAGGAGACCUUCUGGAAGCGCAUAGUGACUCUGAAGAUGAACAUCGUGGUGCUGGUGUGUCCACUGUUCUGUCUCCUGUGUGGCUGCCUCCUGCAGACCAGGAGUGGGCAGGAGCAGCCGGAGCGGUUCAGGUUGGUCUGUGGUGUCGUGGCCGUCUUCCUUUUGAUGUGGGCGCCCUACAAUGUCGCACUGUUCCUGUCUGCUUUCAAAGAGUGCUUCUCCCUGCAUGGCUGUGAGAGCCGCAGCAAACUAGACGUGAGCGUUCAGGUCACCAAGAUCAUCGCCACGUCCCACUGCUGGGUCAACCUCCUUCUGUUCGUGUGGCUUGACCGGGCAUUUCGGAGACACCUUUGCGACCUGUUCUCUUGGUGUGGCCAGAGCCAGCCUCAGCCCACUGUCAGGGAACCCACACAGGACACGGUGACAGCCAGCCAGGACCGGUCCACUCAACUCUAGCACCCGCAUCAACGGUGGGAUGAAUAAACCCUGACUUUGGUCUCUGCACAUGGUUUGUGCUGCCUGUUAUUACCUUUGUGUGUAAAAUGGGCAACAGGAAGACCAGGGCCGGAGGAGCAUCCAUGAGGGCCAGGCUCCCCGAAAAGCUGAGUGUUUUCAGGCCCGAGGUGUGGGUGGGAGUGGUCUCACUGCUCUGAGAGGAAACUGAGGCUCAGAACUGUGUCUGAGAUUACUCAACUAGAAAAGGGGCAGACUUGGGAUGCGAACCCAGGUAGCAAAUACCGCAGAAGCUGUCCAAGUACGCUGGGCUUCCCAAAGCUACCGAGCAAAAUCCAUGAACUAAAUAUGUGCUUUAAGCAAACCAAUUUGGCCAUGUUCUGAAUGAGAAGCAGCGCGUUGGUGCGAAGGGACUUUUUCAGGCUCGCUUUCAUGCAAAGCUGGCUAGCGGGGGCUGCGGAGAUCAAAGGGGAGGGGCCUGAAUUCACGCAGGACCUGGAAGACGCUGGCUGCUCGCCACAGCCGGGCCACGCAUGCAUCAAGCCGUGAGCCUCCCAGGGUUUCUGCGUGUACGCUUUGUCAUGAAGGCCAUGGGAUCAUAGAAAGACUACUGGCAGUAGAUGCAAAAUUAUGUUUAGAAACAUCUAACAAAGAGAAGACUUUGACCUUUUAAAUAUAACAGCACAGACCACACCGGCCUGUAGCUACCAGACAGCUGACAGCCACUUCCGUUCUGUAGCCGAGUUAUACCACGGGGGCUCGGCCACCACAUCAGCAGGAGGCCACCCAUUCACCCAGGGUCACGUCUCCUGGAGCCCCUGAGAUUUGUACGAGGGCGACUCGUCUUUGAUCCUAAAGUGACUUCCUGUCUGUGACAUUCCCUGGUGAAUCUGACCCUGGUCCAUGGAGUGCUCCAGGCCACCAGCAGGGGCUCAUGGCUGUGGCCUGUGGACCUGGAGCCCAGUGGGGAGGAUCUGUUUUAAGCUGAUAAAAUAAAAUGAAG